UAAACACGGAAGUAAAUAAUGACAGCACCCCAAUCUGGGAACACGUCGAAAAUAUUUAAAAUAUUCACGGAGCUGAUUUUUUUUUAAUGCUGUCUAAAAUAAAAUAAAGCAGUUAUUAUUCGUUUUUAUUUUUCCUGCAAUUUUGUGACGCGAUUCAUUUUAAGAAUCCUUAUUUUACAGGGCUGUGUUCCAAUCCGGAUAAGCCCUUCAGGACACUUUCCUUCGCGCACUACUUCUAGUAACUAUGGUAACCUGUAAUGGAGCGCUAGUUAGACACACUACAUAGUGAAUGAGAGCGCGAUUUGGGACGCAAUUAGGGGAAAAAAACCAAACAAAAAAGACGCGGAUUUCUGAAGGCUGGUCAUGUGAGUGAAACCGGAAAGUGGAAGACUUUCGACAUGAUUCAAACACUUUUAUUCCUGUUUUUCGUUUUUUUAUUCCCUACAAAUGAAGCUGUUUUACCGCUUGUGAUAAACACGUGGAACUUCAAGAACGCCACUGUCACAGCGUGGCGCUCCCUGCAGGCGGGUUCGUCUCCUCUGGACGCGGUACAGAGAGGGUGUACUGCGUGUGAAGAAGAGCAGUGUGACGGCAGCGUGGGCUUCGGUGGGCAUCCUGAUGAGACAGGAGAGACCACGCUGGACGCCCUUAUCAUGAACGGCGAUACGAUGGAGGUGGGAGCAGUGGGAGAUCUGAGGAGGGUGAAGAACGCAGUGGGCGUGGCUAGAGCUGUGAUGGAGCACACGCGUCACAGUUUGUUAGUGGGAGAAUCAGCGUCAGUGUUUGCUCAGGACAUGGGUUUCAGAUCUGAAGAUCUGUCCACUAACGAGUCGAUGAAGACUUUCUCACAGUGGCUGAGUCAGAAAUGCCAACCGAACUACAGGAAGAAUGUUUUUCCGGAUCCGUCCACGUCCUGCAGGCCGUAUAAACCCCGAGCUGACGUGAGGCCGAUGCAGAAGCGUGAUUUAAUUAACCCCCGCUCCCAUGAUACCAUCGGAAUGAUUGUGAUUGGACAGAACGGUCAGGUGGUUGUUGCGACGUCUACUAAUGGAGCAUCCUAUAAAGUUCCUGGCCGUGUUGGAGAUUCUCCGAUUGCUGGCGCUGGUGCGUACGCAGACAGUUCAGUAGGUGGCGCUGCAGCGACAGGUGAUGGUGACAUCAUGAUGCGUUUCCUGCCCAGUUUUCUAGCGGUGGAGUUGAUGAGGUCCGGAUACGAGCCCACGGCCGCCUGUCGAGCCGUCAUCUACAGGAUCAAGAAAUAUUACCCAGAAGUCUUUGGAGCAAUCAUCUGCGCCAACAGCACGGGCGGAUUCGGGUCGCAGGCGAGCUGGAUCCUAUCCCAGCUGACUACGGGCAAAAGGCGGGGUUCACCCUGGACAAGUCGCCAGGUGCAGCAUGUAAUAAAGUCUCGAGCUUCUCGCAGUUUCCCUUCAUGGUGUUGAAUCCACAGAGCAGCAAACCUGAGCUGCACAAAGUCGACUGUGUGUAGCGCCGAGUUUACACACACACACACACACACACACACACACACACGGAGUAAACACUGAACUGUGGAACGGACUGAAAUCACUUCAGCACUCAGGCACAGGGAUCGUUUUUAAUUCCUGUGAAUUGAAGUUUUAAUAAAAACUUCAGACUCAAAGUUGGAAAUUUCGUGAUUUGAGGAAUCCGAGAAAGUCCGUCUCUUCAACAUGAACGCAAAGAGAAACUACUUUUAUUAAUGAUAUUUCUUUAAAAUAUUAAAUAUUUUAUUAAAUGUAAAUGUUUGUACACCAUUUGAAAAGUUUGAUUUAGAAAUUUACCAAAUGAAAUGAAGUUUUGCAUAAAAGUGUAUGUUUAAUUUUUAAAUAAUGUUUUUAUCACUGUGAUGUA